GAUUAAUGUAUACUCCACUUUGCUGUUCCGAUACACAAGUUCUCAGCUUUAUUUUCUGUACAUAUUGACGUAUUGCGUUCGUUUCGUAGAAAAUAUGCCACUUGAUAAUAAGGAAGCGUUAUCACGCUCGACACAGAAAAUUAAUAAAGCAGUAGAGGAUGUGAGGAAUGCAGUUAACGAAUUGGGAACCGAUCGUGAUGCAAUUGCUCGCAGUAGAAUCAAACGAGCUCGAGAUGUAGUCCGCCAGUGCUCUGAACGAACGAAUCCGUUUUUCAAUAGUUUAGAACCGGAAUUUCAAAACCUAAAAGAGCAAUUCCAAUUGGCUGAGUCAAGUUUUCGAACUGUUGAUUUGGAAGCAUUGCGCAAAGAGAAAAUUAUUUUUAAAUAUGAUGAGCCUCCAGCUGCAGAUGACUCAAACAAUGAUAGUGGUAGACCUUUGAAAACGCGUGACGGAUGUAGCAAACCCCUUUACCUAUCGGAAUACCAUAUUGAAGAAGCAACUCAGCGAGAAAAGUUGCGGAAUAUUAGAGAAAUCGAAUCUGAUGUGAUGGACUUGAAUACCACUUAUCAUGAAUUUCACCUUUUAUUAUCUCAGCAGCAGGAGGGCCUUACCGCUGUAUGCACUAAUGUAGAGGAGUCUAGCAAACUCAUUGCGGAGGGUCGCAGUCAACUGCAACGGUCGUUAAAGUAUCAAAAGACUCGAAAAAUUCAUAGGGCACUAAUAGCAAUUUUUAUUCUCAUAGUAAUUACUGUCAGCAUAGCCGCCCUUUUUUUACAUUGAAAUUUUUUGGUAGUUUACCUUUUUUCUUCUUUCUUUUAUUUAAUUUGAAACAAGUUGUCCCCAAAUUUGUUCAUUUUUGCUAAUAAUAUUGUGCUUCGCUUACAUCAUGAUCGUUUUCAAUACAGUAUUCUGCUACAAAACAUAAA